CUUCUAUGCCCUCAUCACAAUAUUAUGUCUAUAAAUAGCUUGGCCUUCCACAAAAGUCAUAUCAUAUUAUCUCAUAACUCUCUCACUAAAAAGUAUUGAGUGAGCGACGGAGAGAAAAUAAUAAGAUCAUACACACGAGUGCAUCAUGGGAUCCUUAGCAGAAGUCGUGGAAGACUGCUUUGGAGUCCUCCAAUUAUAUAGUGAUGGGUCGAUAUAUAGGGCAAAUGUCUCCGAUAUAGAUUUUGGAGAAUUUAACAAUAAUAAGAGUAGCCAAGAAAUAGUUGGAGAAGAUUGUAUAGUUGAAUGGGAAGAUUGUUUGUUUGAUGAGAAAAAUCAACUUAAUUUGCGUGUUUAUAAGCCUAGUUAUAAGAAUAGCAUGAGCAAAAAGUUGCCAAUUUUGUAUUACAUACAUGGAGGAGGUUUCUGCCUAGGCUCUCGCACGUGGCCUAACUGUCAUAACUGCUGCCUUCGACUUUCCUCUCAACUUCAAGCUCUUGUUAUUGCACCUGACUACAGGUUGGCACCAGAACACAAGCUGCCAGCAGCAAUUGAAGAUGGGUUAAAUGCAGUAAAAUGGCUACAAUUACAGGCUAAACAAAGAGAAAAGGGUAACCCUAGAAAAGAUCACAAUCAAAACGAUCAAAAUACGUGCAUGAAAUUGCUAGAAGAUGGAGUAGACAUUGAAAAGGUGUUCAUUAUGGGAGACUCUUCGGGUGGAAAUAUUGCCCAUCAUUUGGCAGUCCGUUUAGGACCCGGAUCUCCCGAACUUUCACCGGUCCGGGUUUGUGGCUAUGUGCUUUUAGCUCCAUUUUUCGGCGGGUCUCUUAGGACCAUAUCCGAGGCUAAUGGUCCUUCUGAACCCGUUCUUACCUUGGACUCCCUUGAUAGGUUUUGGAGACUAUCUCUACCUAAAGGAGAAGAUAGAGAUCAUCCAAUAGCAAACCCAUUUGGACCAUCUAGUCCAAAUCUAGAAUUGGUAUACCUUGAUCCAAUGCUUGUUAUAGUGGGUGGCAAAGAGAUCAUGAAAGAUAGAGUGGAGGACUAUGCAAAGAGGUUAAAGGAGCUUGGCAAAGACAUUACUUAUGUUGAAUUUGAAGGCCAACACCAUGGUUUUCUCACACAUAAUCCUUGCUCCCCUGUCUCUAACCAACUUUCUCAACUCAUCAAACGAUUCAUCUUUGCAGGAAAAUAACCCUACUCUGCUAAAUAAUUUUCACCCCUAUACGUUUGCAAUUUCUUCGGAGUAUUAAGUUUCUUUCGCGCCCCAUCCCCCCACCCCUUUUUUCUUUACUAUGUUUCGUGCUUGUGUAGAUAAAUAUGUUAAACACCAAAUUACAUACUAGAACUAUGAUUGUCAUCCUUCUGGUGAACAUUUGAAGAUAGUUGAUGAAGAUAUACGGAUCAAAAAAAAUGUGGCAUUCUUUGA